GUGUGUUAGAGCGUAAGAACAAAAUCAGAAAUAGUCUCCAUUAUAAAGGCAAGAGCUCUCAGUAGGAGGGAUAAACUACCAGCUAAGCCUUCAGUUAUUGGGUUUUAGUGAAGCUGGACUUGAAGUUAAGGCAGCAGAGUCAACAAGCUGAGUCAGAGCACAGACGGGGAGCAGACAUGGCCAAAUGGGAUCCCUGCAGCAACAGCAGCCUGACUUUCAAACAGCCACACUGGAAGCAAAUCCAGUUCACUGACCAGAAGCAAGAAUUCAAUCAGCGUCCCACCAAGACUGGCCGUCGCUCGCUGUCCCGCUCCAUCUCUCAGUCGUCCACAGACAGCUUCAGCUCAGUGUGCAGCGAUAGUUCUGAGGAUGAGUCUUCACCCAGAGAAAAGCCUCAGAAGUCCUCCAGCGGCUUCUCUGACUUCUGCAUCAAAAACAUCAAACAAGCUGAGUUUGGACGCAGAGAGAUCGAAAUCGCUCAGCAAGAAAUGCCAGCGCUGAUGGUCCUGAGAAAAAAAGCAGGUGGGGAGAAACCUCUGACAGGAGCUAAAGUGGUGGGCUGCACCCACAUCACUGCUCAGACAGCGGUGCUGAUUGAGACCCUGACUCUGUUGGGGGCUCAGUGUCGUUGGGCAGCCUGUAACAUCUUCUCCACACAGAACGCUGUGGCUGCUGCUCUGGCAGAAGGGGGCACCUCUGUGUUUGCAUGGAGAGGAGAAUCAGAGGAUGACUUCUGGUGGUGUAUUGACCAAUGUGUUGCUGCAGAGACCUGGCAGCCCAACAUGAUUCUUGAUGAUGGAGGCGACCUGACUCACUGGAUCUACAAGAAGUACUCGAGUCUGUUCAGGAAGGUUAAAGGCAUCGUAGAGGAGAGCGUCACAGGCAUCUAUCGGUUGUACCAGCUGUCAAAGGCAGGCAGGCUGUGUGUCCCUGCCAUGAAUGUGAAUGACUCGGUGACCAAGCAGAAGUUUGACAACCUUUACUGCUGCAAGGAGUCCAUUCUGGACGGGCUGAAGCGAACCACAGACGUCAUGUUCGGGGGAAAACAGGUGGUGGUGUGUGGAUAUGGAGAGGUUGGCAAAGGUUGCUGUGCCGCCCUGAAAGCAUUGGGUACAGUCGUCCACGUCACGGAAGUUGAUCCCAUUUGUGCCCUUCAGGCCUGCAUGGACGGCUUCAGAGUGGUUAAACUGAGUGAAGUGGUCAGACAAGUGGACAUGGUAAUCACCUGCACAGGUAAUAAAAACGUGGUGGUUAGGGAACACCUGGACAGAAUGAAGAAUGGCUGCAUCGUCUGCAACAUGGGACACUCCAGCACUGAGAUAGAUUUGGCGUGUCUACGGACUGCAGAGCUGAGGUGGGAACGUGUGAGGCCUCAGGUGGACCAUGUGAUCUGGCCUGAUGGCAAGAGGAUUGUCCUGCUAGCAGAGGGCCGGUUGCUGAACCUGAGCUGCUCCACGGUGCCUUCACUUGUCCUCUCCAUCACUGCUACAACUCAGGCUCUGGCUCUCAUAGAGCUCUACAGCGCUCCAGAGGGACGAUAUAAGCAGGACGUCUACCUGCUGCCAAAGAAGAUGGAUGAAUUUGUUGCCAGUCUGCACCUUCCCACCUUUGAAGCCCACCUCACAGAGCUGACGGAUGAACAGGCCAAAUACCUGGGCAUCAGCAAACACGGGCCCUUUAAACCAAACUACUACAGGUAUUAAAUCUGCAAAAAUCAACCUGAGAUAGAGGCUCCUCAAACAUGCUGCUGUAAAUUUUAUUUAAAAAAAAACCCUACCAGUCAUGCAGAUGGAGCUCUGGUGCCCUCUACAGUCUGAAUCUGUCAAACUCAGUGUGACUGAGGGACAGUGGACAAGAACUGAUUUUUCUAUUAUUUGUAUUCAUGUGUUACACUCUUCCUGUUAUAAAUGUUAACAGAAUGUAAUCAUAAUAACAAAAUUAUCAGUUAUCUUUAAUUAUCACUUUACCAUGUGUAGUAUAAUGCCUUAACAAUCAUAAUUUAAACCUGUUAUUGGUAUUUUUUAAAAUGCAAUAUUAUUUAGUAAGGCACAUUUAAACAUGCUUUAACAGUCCACAAAUAACACUACAGAUUUAUUUAUUGUUUGUUUUUCCACAUAGUGCUGAGAGCGUACUCGUGUCCAUGUCUAAUCCAUUUUAUCAGAAGGUGAUAUAUUCAUAUUGACUGAUCUAAUAUCAUAAUAAAGACUGAAAC